AUGCAGCCCUGGCAGUGCCUCCGGCGCUUUGCCCUGGCCUGGUGGGAGAGGACAGCCGAGGGCAGCGCGCGAUCUCCCAGGGAGGAGGCCGGACCGAGGGACCCUGGGGGCCGAGGGGAGCCAGAUCCGGAGCGGAGCAGCCCCCCCAUGCUGUCUGCGGACGAUGCCGAGUACCCGCGGGAGUACCGGACCCUGGGGGGCGGGGGCGGCGCGGGCGGCGGGGGCCGGCGCUUCUCCAACGUGGGGCUGGUGCACACGUCGGAGCGGAGGCACACGGUGAUCGCCGCCCAGAGCCUGGAGGCGCUCAGUGGGCUCCAGAAGGCCGAUGCCGACCGCAAGCGCGAUGCGUUCAUGGACCACCUCAAGAACAAGUACCCCCAGCACGCCUUGGCCCUGCGCGGUCAGCAGGACAGGAUGCGAGAGCAGCAGCCAAACUACUGGAGUUUCAAGACCCGCAGCUCACGCCACACUCAGGGAGCCCAGCCCGGGCUGGCAGACCAGGCAGCCAAGCUGUCAUACGCCUCGGCUGAGUCGCUGGAGACCAUGUCCGAGGCGGAGCUGCCCCUGGGCUUCAGUAGGAUGAACCGCUUCCGACAGAGCCUGCCCCUCUCCCGCUCUGCCAGCCAGACCAAGCUGCGCUCACCAGGGGUGCUGUUUCUGCAGUUCGGGGAGGAGACUCGGCGCGUGCACAUCACGCACGAGGUCAGCAGCCUGGACACGCUGCACGCGCUCAUCGCGCACAUGUUCCCGCAGAAGCUCACCAUGGGCAUGCUUAAGUCGCCCAACACCGCCAUCCUCAUCAAAGACGAAGCUCGCAACGUCUUCUACGAGCUGGAGGACGUCCGGGACAUCCAGGACCGAAGUAUUAUCAAGAUCUAUAGGAAGGAACCAUUAUACGCAGCUUUUCCUGGCUCACACCUUACCAACGGGGACCUCCGGAGGGAGAUGGUGUAUGCCUCGAGGGAGUCGUCGCCCACACGGCGUCUCAACAACUUGUCGCCGGCGCCGCACCUGGCGUCCAGCUCUCCGCCCCCGGGGCUGCCGUCCGGGCUGCCGUCCGGGCUGCCGUCCGGGCUGCCCUCGGGGCUGCAGUCGGGCUCGCCGUCGCGCUCGCGCCUCUCCUACGCCGGGGGGCGCCCGCCCUCCUACGCUGGCAGCCCGGUGCAUCACGCGGCCGAACGGCUCGGGGGCGCCCCCGCCGCCCAGGGCGUCAGUCCCAGCCCCAGCGCCAUCCUGGAGCGGCGCGACGUGAAGCCAGACGAGGACCUGGCGGGCAAGGCGGGCGGCAUGGUGCUGGUGAAGGGUGAGGGGCUCUACGCCGACCCCUACGGGCUGCUCCACGAGGGCCGCCUGAGCCUGGCCGCGGCAGCCGGUGACCCGUUCGCCUACCCGGGCGCCAGCGGCCUCUACAAGCGCGGCUCCGUGCGCUCGCUCAGCACCUAUUCGGCCGCCGCGCUGCAGUCCGACCUGGAGGACUCGCUGUACAAGGCGGCGGGCGGUGGCCCGCUCUACGGCGACGGCUAUGGCUUCCGCCUACCGCCCUCAUCGCCUCAGAAGCUGGCCGACGUGGCGGCGCCCCCCGGAGGCCCCCAGCCGCCGCACAGUCCCUACUCGGGGCCGCCCAGCCGCGGCUCGCCAGUGCGCCAGUCUUUCCGCAAAGACUCAGGUUCUUCGUCGGUCUUCGCGGAGAGCCCCGGAGGCAAGACCCGCAGUGCGGGGGGCUCCUCAACGGCCGGAGCCCCGCCUCCCGAGCUCUUCCCCGGGCCUGGGGAGCGCCCGCUGGUUGGAUUUGGGCCGCCGGUGCCAGCCAAGGACACGGAGACCAGAGAGCGCAUGGAGGCCAUGGAGAAGCAGAUUGCCAGCCUCACGGGCCUGGUACAGAGUGCCCUACUACGAGGCUCGGAGCCUGAGACCCCCAGCGAGAAGAUUGAAGGCUCCAAUGGAGCAGGAACCCCGUCAGCACCCUGUGGGUCAGGCAGCCGGAGCAGCGGGGCCACCCCAGUGUCUGGCCCUCCCCCGCCCUCGGCCAGCAGCACUCCUGCGGGGCAGCCCACUGCCAUCAGUCGUUUGCAAAUGCAGCUGCACCUGCGUGGCCUACAGAACAGCACCAGUGACCUGCGCAGCCAACUUCAGCAACUCCGAAAGCUCCAGCUACAGAACCUGGAGUCAUUGCGCGCGCUGCUGAAAGGCACAGAGGCGGAGCUGAGCAUGCGCGUGUCGGAGGCUGCGCGAAGGCAGGAGGACCCGCUGCAGCGGCAGCGCACCCUGGUGGAGGAGGAGCGGCUGCGCUAUCUCAACGACGAGGAGCUCAUUACCCAGCAGCUCAAUGACCUGGAGAAGUCGGUGGAGAAGAUCCAACGGGAUGUGUCCCACAACCACCGGCUGGUGCCUGGGCCGGAGCUGGAGGAGAAGGCGCUGGUGCUGAAGCAGCUCGGGGAGACCCUGACUGAGCUCAAGGCUCACUUCCCAGGCCUGCAGAGCAAGAUGCGGGUAGUGCUGCGUGUGGAGGUGGAGGCCGUGAAGUUCCUGAAGGAGGAGCCGCAGCGCCUAGACGGGCUACUCAAGCGCUGCCGUGGGGUCACAGACAUGCUGGCCCAGAUCCGAAGGCAAGUGGACGAGGGUGUGUGGCCACCCCCCAACAAUCUCCUGAAUCAGUCCCCCAAGAAGGUGACGGCCGAGACGGACUUCAACAAGAGCUUGGACUUCGAAAUGCCACCCCCCAGCCCUCCGCUGAACCUCCAUGAGCUGAGUGGGCCCGCUGAGGGAGCCCCUCCUACUCCUAAGGGCAACCCUACCAAAGGCCUGGACGCUGCUGGCAAGAGAAGCGUGGACAAGGCUGUGUCUGUUGAGGCUGCCGAACGGGACUGGGAGGAGAAGCGGGCAGCCCUGACCCAGUACAGCGCCAAGGACAUCAACCGGCUGCUGGAGGAGACGCAGGCAGAGCUGCUGAAGGCCAUCCCUGACCUGGACUGUGCGAGCAAGGCCCACCCGGGCCUGGCCCCCACCCCUGACCACAAGCCCCCUAAGGCCCCCCACGGCCAGAAGGCAGCCCCCCGAACGGAGCCCAGUGGAAGGAGGGGCUCAGAUGAGCUGACGGUGCCUCGAUACCGCACAGAGAAGCCCUCCAAGUCGCCCCCGCCGCCCCCUCCCCGCCGGAGCUUCCCCUCCUCCCAUGGCCUGACCACCACGCGCACUGGGGAGGUUGUGGUCACCAGCAAGAAGGACUCGGCCUUCAUCAAGAAGGCCGAGUCCGAGGAACUGGAGGUGCAGAAGCCCCAAGUGAAGCUGCGCCGGACCGUGUCCGAGGUGGCCCGCCCGGCCUCCACACCACCCAUCAUGGCGUCUGCCAUCAAGGAUGAGGACGACGAGGACCGCAUCAUCGCCGAGCUAGAGAGUGGUGGUGGCAGUGUGCCACCCAUGAAGGUGGUGACUCCAGGGGCCUCUCGGCUGAAGGCAGUCCAGGGCCAGGCAGGCAGCCCCGACAAAGGCAAGCAUGGCAAGCAGAGGGCCGAGUACAUGAGGAUCCAGGCCCAGCAGCAGAUGAAGGGACAGCUCAGAGAAGGAAAGGGGCUUCCCAAGGGCCCACAGCAAAGUGGUCAGAGCCAGGAUGGGACCCAGGAAUCGCAAAGCCCUUUCCACCACAUGGCCCUGGGACGGCCCUGGGCACGCAAGGCCCUGCCUCCCUGUCUGCUGGUUCCCUGGAGAGACCCCUGGAGACGGGCCACCCAGGCCCCACCCGCCCCCGACCAGCUCUCCUCACUAGCUCCCUGCUGGCCCGCCAUCUUCCUCAUGGGUCCCCAGACACGUCCUGCAAAUCCCACCCCCAGCUCUUUGUCCUGCCACCACAGUGCACGAGUUCCCCUCGUCCUGUCCGGGCCGGUCCCUCCUUCGUGUCCACAACAGCAGCUGACAUUUGCUCACUUGUGCCAGGCUCACACAUUAUAUCGUUUCACAUUCACCACACCAGUCCGAGGAACAUCCUCCUGAUCCCCCUUUGUUAGAUGGGGAAACUGAGGCUUUGCCCGAGGUCAGGCCGCUGGCAAAAAGAGCAGGACAACAUCCAGGCUGUGUGAGGCCCCUCCCCCCACAUACCUUGCCUUCGGCCGCUUCAGUGGGCACCUUGCUGGGCUACAACUAUGCUCUGUCAUCUCUCUCCCUGACUUCCCCCGCUCCAGGCCCCCAGCUCCUCUCUCCUGCCCCCUUGUCCCCUCUGUGGCCUCUACGCCCUCUCCUCCAUUCAGUUCCCAGCCCACCGCACCUUCCCUCCAGCCUCAUCCCAGGGCUGGGCUAGGUCUCCAGUGGCCCCCAGACUUUCUCUUCCUCCCAUGCCCUACUCCCCUCUCUGCAGGAUGUGCAGUAUAGACCCUGCCCCCCCCCCAUACACACGAGUGCAUGUGCACACACACA